UCCCCAGUCUCAGGUAAAACACUUUCCGAUUUUUUAAAAUAACUUUUUAGAUGUUAGUGUAAAAGCUAUGCAGUAAUUAUACCUGGCCAGUCUUUACAAGUACGUUUACAGAUUGGAAGGAUCCAACUGAGAGAGAAUGUUUUCUACUAGUACACAGAAAAAACAUUGGACAUUUACAGGCGAAACACAGAUCACACAAAAUAAAAAAGAUACUAAUCAUAAAUAUGUAAAUAAACAUGGUGGUGCUAACCUUGAUGAUGAAACUAAAGAAAAAAAAUACUUAACAUUUACAGAAGAGAGGAUCUUAGGUCGACAUUUUGAGCAUGUACUCCGUGAAUUUUGUAAUGUCUUCCAACCUCCGAUGCCAAAAUAUGUAAUGGGUACAGCUAUGUGUUAUUUUAAGAGGUUUUAUGUAAAGCAUUCUGUGAUGGACUAUCAUCCUAAAGAUAUCAUGUUGACAUGUGUUUAUUUAGCCAGUAAAGUAGAGGAAUUCAAUGUUUCUAUCACACAGUUUGUAGGAAAUUUAAAAGGAGAUAGAGACAAGUUCACCAAUAUAAUUCUAAGUUUUGAACUAAUGUUAAUGAAGAAAUUACAUUACCAUUUGACUGUACAUAACCCCUAUAGACCUCUGGAAGGUCUUAUUAUAGACCUCAAGACAAGGUACAAAUCUAUAGAAAAAAGUCGUAUAGAAAAGAUACGCAAACUUGCUGAGGAUUUCUUAGACAAGUCCUUAGCCAGUAAUGUCAGCUUGGUAUUUGCUCCAUCACAGAUUGCAUUGGCAGCCAUCUUAAGUAGUGCAGAAAAUGACAAAGUCAGCUUAGAUAGUUACAUGUCUGAUGUGUUGUUGGCUGGAGCUGCACCUGAGGAUGUCAAGAAAACAGUCUACCAGAUAAAACGUAUAAGAUAUAUGGUCAGUACACAAGAACCUGUUCAGAAGGAUCAAGUUGGACCAAUACAGAGGAAGUUAGAGCAUUGUAGAAACCAGGAAAAUAAUCCUGACAGUGAAAUUUAUAAAAGAAAGCUUCAGGAAAUGUUAGAUGAUGAAGAUGAGAUACAAUCACAGAAAAGAAUGAGGAUUGAGGAAGCAGAAAAAAAGGCAGAACAGGAAUUAGUUUUAGGUGUGAUAUGAUGAACACGUGGUGUGAUUUGGACAGACUUUAAUUACACUAAGUGCUCAGCAGUUGCAAACAGAUAUCCAGUGUGCUUGUUUAAACAAAUGAUUAAUAAUUAUAAUUGACAGUCUGAAUAAAAAACUUUAAAAAAAAAGUAAAAAUUAGAUGUUUUUUGUAUAAUUCUGAAAAUGCAAAGUAACAUUAUCAACAACCAUUUAUUUUAUGUUACCAUUCAGGUCAGACAAAAAGAAAGGAAUUUUAUCACUUGGCAAAAUGUCUUCAAAAUGUCAUUUAAAAUAUGCAGUUAUUGUUUAUUUCUCCACUGAAGGAUAUGGGAACAAUAAGUGUUAGCCUUGUCCUUUGGUCCUUUCACUCAUUCUGUUUUGUUUCAAAGAUUUAUGUUCCCCUUGACCAAGCAGUUUGAGGAACCAUUUCUUGUGAAUCAGUUUUAUCAUCAUAGAAUAUUGUUGCUGGUGUAACAACAAAUGAGACUUUAAUUUUCCAGUAAAUUUUCAGUUUACAAUUUAA